AUGUCGGACUCUGCCGUCGAAGGCAGGAAGUCAAGGAGUGACUCUCGACCGGUUGAGCGAGACGAAGGCGCAUCAUCAUCCUCGCGCCGCGAAUCGAGUUCGAAACAUGGCAACAGACACAGCAGGGAUCGAGAAGUAGAACACCAGGAAAGAAGGUCGCAUUCCCACCGUGACGACCGCGAUCGGGACCGACACAGAGACGGUAGGUCAAAUCGACAUCGCGAAAGGGGGACGAACGGGACAUCUGGCUCUCGUCGACACAAAGAAGAUGCAGAUGACAGGCGUCGCUCCAACUCCUACUUAAAACGACAUCGCGACGGCGAAGAUCGAGAUGCAAGGAAAAGUUCGAGGCACCGUGAUGACAAGAAGCGCGCGUCACGCUAUCACCAAGAUGAUCAGUCACAUCGCCACUCCUGUUCAUCUAAACACCGCCAUCGUGAGGAACGAACACCUCGUGGAGGCUCGUCUCGCGACCACCGCCGCUCUAGAUCACGGUCACCUCUUCCGCUAGCUUCCUCAUCCACAAGUCGACUCCCUUCUCCACCACGCUCACGUCGAUCACCUCAUUCACCAGCACCACCAGCAGAAGAGGAAGAAGAAGAAACAGCAGAAGAUGGCGACGCACCCAACUUCGCUCCUUCAGGCCUUCUCGCCGCAGAGUCCAACACAGUCAACGGUGUAGUCCUCAAGUAUCACGAACCACCUGAAGCACGCAAGCCCAAGUCACCCUGGCGCCUCUAUUGCUUCAAAGAUGGCAAGGAGCAGCAAGUGCUACAUCUUGCUUCGCAGUCUGCGUAUCUACUCGGUCGGGAUCGCACUGUGGUAGACAUCCCGCUUGAUCACGAGUCGUGCUCAAAGCAGCACGCCGUGCUUCAGUUCCGACAGACCAUCACAACCAACGAGUUCGGCGACAAGAAGAAACGCAUCCAACCAUUCUUGAUAGAUCUCGAAUCGAGCAACGGCUCGUAUGUCAACGAGAACGAGAUCCCUAUUUCAAGAUACUACCAACUCAGAACCGGAGAUACUCUCACUUUUGGUGCCAGCACCAGAGAAUAUGUUUUGCUUGACGAAUCAUCAGCAUAG